UCAUGGAGGUUUAAAUUAUCUCUAAAGUAAAUGCAAUGAUGUCUCUUCAAAAACUACCUUUACUUUUCUCUAAACUAUGUCCUAUAGUGUGUCACUAAAGAAAUUAGUUUAAACAUAAAAGUAAAGAGAGAGAGAGAGAGAGAGAGAGAGAGAGAGAGAGAGGAGUAUUAUAUAAUAUCUAUUUUUGAGAAGUUGGUUUUGUUUUUCUUAGUGUUAUAUCAAGAAUGAAGAGUGUUGGGAAGCUAGCUUGGUUUACUAUCUAUUGUUCUUUUCAUCUUCUUCCAUAUGUUGGCUGCAUUUCACAUGAUCAAUCCAAUACCACUCACAAGCACCUCAAAAACAACUCUCGCGAGGUGAGCCCUCGAAUGAUAUCACAUAUUACAGUUCAUGGACUUCUUCUAUGGAUCUCAAUGGGGUUUUUAAUGCCUUUUGGAAUACUCUUAAUCAGAAUGUCAAGUAGAGAAGAAGGUGGAUCCACUCGAGCCAAAGUUUUCUUCUAUCUCCAUAUUAUUUUUCAGAUGUUCUCAGUGAUACUUGCUACAGCUGGAGCAGUGAUGUCCUUAAGAAACUUUGAGAAUUUAUUCAACAAUAACCAUCAAAGAAUAGGUCUAGUUCUCUACAUUGCCAUAUGGAUACAAGUGAUGAUUGGAUUCCUCAGGCCUCAUAGGGGAAAGAAAGGAAGAAAGGUGUGGUACUUAGUGCAUUGGAUGUUUGGAACUUUGAUAUCAUUAUUUGGGAUUAUAAACAUCUACACAGGAUUAGAGGCCUAUCAUAAAAGAACAUUGAAAAGCUCAAGACUUUGGACUAUCCUUUUCACAGCACAAGUCUCUCUCAUUGCUUUUCUUUAUCUCUACCAAGAUAAAAAAGAAUACAUGGAAAAGCAAGGACUUAUUCUUGCCAAUCUUGAAGCUGCUGUCUCUCCCCAUCCCCAUGAUCAACAAACUAAUAUUAGUAAUAAUAAUAAUAUCAACCAAAUAAAGGAGCUGUUGCCUGAGCCACCAUGUGCCAAGAAAAAUGCUCUCAAGAACUUGUUUGACUAGAAUUGGAAUCUCUCUUUUUCACCCCUUUUAUAUAAUAAAAUCCACUAAUAUAUAUUUGUUUGUUUUUCUUCUCUUCUCUUACUUUUGUUUUGGUUUUUAAUUAUUAGUUUAUUGAACUUUUCAUUUUCUUGUAAGUAGUGGGUGUUGUUUUCUCUUUUGCAUUUUGCUUCUUUUUUGAUGCAUGCACUCAAUGUAAAUUGGAGUAAGGAGUGUCCUAGUGGAGUGCAUGUAUCAAAAGUGGUGGUAUCCAAUUUUUUUUAGUUCUAUUUCUUCCUCUUUACUUUUUUCUAGAGUGGAAGAAUGUGAUUAUUAUUAUAAUAAAUUAUUAUUUUUCAUGUGGUUGUUACAUGGAACAGAUGAAGAAAAUUAGUACACAUUU